CGCGGCGACGCCAUUUCUUCGCCUUCCUCGUUCUGCCGCUUCCUCUCUCUUUUCCUCCGCUUCUCGGGCCACGCCCGCGCCAUGCACAGCGCCCCCACCAUUAAUCUCGCGCGAGCAUUCCCCCAAAUAUCCUCCAUUCUCCCCGGCCUCAUACCCGAAUCGCGACGUUUUUCCAUCAUACGAAUCGCAACAUUUUGCCCCAUUUUUUUCGUCAUCUCGAGAACCCCAAUUUUUUCGUCAUCGCUUUUGAUCCUUCCCCAUUACUUCAGUGGCCAACCGAUUCCUCACAUUUUUCUCCAUUUUUUAUGGAGUAAGCGUUUGAAAUAGGGGAGGAGGACGCGCGCGAGAUGUCCGACGCCUCGCCGCCCACGCCGUGGGAGCACGGUGCCGAGGAGCGGUUCGCCGCCGCGUCGCCCGUCGACUAUGCGUACGUCGUCGACGAUGAGGAUGUGUCGGGCACGGAGGUGGGCGCGGAUUCCCCGGUGGCCCCCUCGGAGCCCUCCCCGCCUCUACGGAAGCGCCUGGCCCCGGUCGUGCCGUCGGACGUGCCGGAGGUGGUGGUGCGCGCCGUGGACGCGGUGAUCAUGGGCGGCGGGAUCGAGCAUCUCCGCGCGAUGGUCUCUGAGGAGAACGGCGAGGUCUCGCAUUUCAUCGUGGACGUGCUGAUGGUCACGAUGGGCGGUGUGGACGGCCUCGACGAGGGCGCGGGCGACGGCACCGGCGCCGCCACCCGGUCGCUGCCCAGCAUCAUGUCCAGCUCGCGCGCGGCUGCGAUCGCGGCCGAUCUCCUGCCCUACCUCCCCUUCGGCGUCGAGCCGUCACCGCGCACUCGCAUGUCCCGGGGCCUCCUCGCUACCCUCAGCGCUUGCACCCGCAACCGCACCAUGUGCUCCGUUUCGGGUCUCCUUGCCGUCCUCCUCAACGUCGCGGAGAAGCUGUUCGUCGGAAUGUGUCAGAGCAGCAAGUGGGACGGGACGCCGCUUGUGCAGUGCAUUCAGGUGCUGGGUGGGCACUCGGUCAGUGUCAAGGAUUUGCAUUCCUGGCUCCUUUUGAUCAAGCAGGCGCUCGGCACGCGGUGGGCGACGCCGCUGACCCUCGCGUUGGAGAAGGCCGUGGGGAGCAAUGAGGCUAAAGGCCCUGCGGUGACGUUUGAGUUCGACGGGGAGAGCUCCGGCUUGCUCGCACCCGGGGAUAGCCGGUGGCCAUUCUCGAAUGGUUUUGGGUUUGCCACAUGGAUAUACGUGGAGUCUUUCUCGGGUUCGCUCAACACAGCUACGACCACUGCGCCCGUUGCUGCCUCUGCAGCUUCAACAUCUGGGAAGUCAUCACCAUUGGUUGCUGCUGCCGCAGCCUGCACACUUGCGGGAGAAGGGACAAAGCACAUGCCCCGGCUUUUCAGUUUCCUCACUUCGGAUAACCAUGGCAUCGAGGCCUAUUUCCAUGGCCAGUUUCUAGUCGUGGAGAGUGGGGCUGGGAAGGGGAAGAAGGCUUCCCUCCAUUUCACUUAUGAAUUCAAACCGCAGUGCUGGUACUUUGUUGGUCUGGAGCACACAAGCAAGCAGGGUUUGCUUGGGAAGGUCAACAGCGAAUUGCGGUUGUAUGUGGAUGGGGACCUUCAUGAAAGCUAUCCAUUUGAGCUCCCAUGCAUCGCGAAACCACUGAACUUCUGCUGCAUUGGGACGAACCCAUCACCAACUAUUGCUGGCCUUCAACAAUGCCCGUUGUUUGCGGAAAUGGGGCCCAUCUAUAUCUUUAUUGAGCCUAUUGGUCCGGAGAAAAUGAGUCGACUAGCUUCUAGGGGGGGAGAUGCAUUUCCCAGCUUCGGCAAUGGCGCUGGUUUGCCUUGGAAAGCUACAAGUGAUCACAUUAGGAAACUUGCAGAAGAUAGUUAUACACUUGACAUUGAGAUCGGAGGAAGCUUACAUCUUCUUUAUCAUCCUAGCCUACUCAAUGGCCGGUUUUGUCCCGAUGCUUCACCUUCUGGUUCAACAGGUAUGCUCUGUAGGCCUGCAGAAGUUCUUGGGAUGGUUCAUGUUUCUUAUCGGGUUCGGCCAGCAGAAUCUUUAUGGGCUUUGGGUUAUGGAGGUCCUAUGGCAUUACUACCAUUGACUGUGAGCAAUGUUGAGAUGGAUAACCUGGAACCUAUACUUGGUGAUUUGUCAUUGUCUCUGGCUACCGCCUCUCUUUCUGUUUCUAUUUUCAGGAUUAUUUCAUUGGCCAUUCAACAUCCUGGAAAUAAGGAAGAGUUUUGCCAUACUCAUGGACCAGAGCUUCUAUCACAAGUUUUACAUCAUCUAUUGGAAACACUAUCAAAACUGGAAAGUGGGAGGAAAGAGAUAUUGAGAGAUGAGGAGCUUGUUACUGCAAUUGUAUCUUUGUGUCAGUCUCAAAGAAAUGAUCAUGGUCUAAAAGUUCAGCUCUUUAGCACUUUGCUGUUGGACCUGAAGAUGUGGAGUUCAUGCAACUAUGUUUUGCAGAAAAAGCUUCUCUCUUCACUUGCGGACAUGGUUCUUGCAGAAUCUACUUGCAUGCGCGAUGCAAAUGCGCUGCAAAUGCUUCUUGACGGAUGCAGAAGGUGUUACUGGGUAAUUCAUGAAGCAGAUUCAAUCGAUACCUUCACACUUACUGGAAGUGAGAGACCUUUAGGAAAUGUGAAUGCUCUGGUUGAUGAGCUUUUGGUUGUUAUUGAACUGUUGAUAGGAGCAGCAUCUUCUACAUUGGCUUCUGAUGAUGUUCAUUGUUUGGUUGGGUUUGUCGUUGACUGCCCACAACCUAAUCAGGUUGCUAGGGUGUUGCUUCUCAUCUACAGAUUGAUUGUGCACCCGAACAUUUCUAGAGCCCACAUGUUUGCUCAAUCCUUCAUUUCUCGUGGAGGCGUAGAAGCAUUACUUGUUCUUUUGCAGAGGGAGGCUAAAUCUGAUGAUAACGAUAUUUUCUGCAGUUGUAAUGUGCCACGAAAUGCUGCUUUGUGGAAUAGAUCUUCUAACUCUACUAAUAGGGAUUUGGACUUAAAAACUUCUAGUAGUGAAGCAAACUUCAAGGAUCAUGAGAUUCAAUCAGCAGAGCAUCAGGAACCAACCUCUCAUGAAGCUGGCACUCAACUUGAAUCUACUAGCAAAUGGUGCCUAUUAAAGGGUCAGUUCCUAAAGAAUUUGGGCAGCAUCGAUGUCCCGGAUAUCUCUGACAAUGUCCAGAAUAACAUAUAUAAUGUCGAUAAUGCUGAUGGAGUUCUUGUUGGGAUAGUUCAUGUUUUGGGUGCUUUAUUUGCAUCAGGUCACCUGACUUUUGCUUCACCUACUGCGAGACCGAAGCUGCCAAGUAGUUUUCUGACUGCCUCUAAUGGAGAAGGAAAUACCAUGUUUGAAGACAGAGUAUCUCUGUUGCUCUUUGCAUUACAGAAAGCUUUCCAAGCAGCCCCAAGGAGGCUUAUGACCAGAAAUGUCUACAGGGCUUUAAUUUCUUCAGUGAUCGAUGCUUCUUCAUCAAAUGAUAACCUAAAAAACUUAUAUGACUCUGGUUGCCGUUUUAAACACAUUCCACUUUUGUUAGUCCUACUCCGUUCUCUUCCAUAUGCAUCGAGGGCAUUCCAAGUUCGUGCUAUUCAGGAUCUUCUAUAUUUGGUUUGCAGUCAUCCCAAGAAUAGAAGUAUGAUGGCCUCCAUAGGGGAAUGGCCCGAAUGGAUAUUGGAAGUUUUGAUUUCUGAUCAUGAGAUGGGGGAUAACAAAGAUUCAGAUGGUGUAAGCAGAUAUGAGGUUGAAGAUCUUAUACACAAUUUUGUAGCUACUGUGUUGGAGCAUUCAAUACGACAAAAGGAUGGAUGGAAGGAUGUAGAGGCAACAAUUCAUUGUGCGGAGUGGCUUUCAAUGGUUGGGGGAUCUAGCACUGGUGACCAAAGAAUUAGGCGUGAAGAAUCAUUACCAAUUUUCAAAAGGAGAUUACUGGGUACCCUGCUUGAUUUUUGUACCCAGGAGCUUCAGGUUCAGGUUCAUGAGGUUCAAUACAAGAAAUCAUCCCAUCUACAGGUUCAUGAGCAAACUGAAGGAAUUGCUGCUGCAACAGCUGGUGUUGCAGAAGAGGGUUUGAUGCCUAAAGAAACAAAAAUACAAGUAGAGAAACCUGCCAAUCUCUCAGUAGCCUUGGCUGAGAACGCAAUUGUUCUUUUGAUGUUCAUAGAAGAUCAUCUGAGGUCACGCAGUCAACAAUUUUUCAUGUCCUGCUCAGUUGAUAGUGCUGUGUCACCUGCCUCAAUUGCUUCAUCAGCUGCCAGUAGGUCAAAUUCAUUGAGCAGAACUGGUAGUGAGCGUCUGGAAGCUGGGAGCUCAAGGCAGUCUUUGUCCAGUGAUGCUGGUGGUCUUCCAGUUGAUGUUCUUGCUUCUACAGCAGAUACAAAUGGGCAAAUUUCUGCUGAGGUGAUGGAACUUGUAACAGCAGCAGCAGCAGCUGAGCCUUAUGGAUCGGUCAGGCAUGCAUUUAUAUCGUAUGGGAGCUGUAUUUCAGAUCUUUCAGAAGGAUGGAAGUACAGAAGCCAAUUGUGGUAUGGUGUAUGCAUUCCUCCCAAAUCCAAUGUCUUCGGUGGUGGGGGAAGUGGUUGGGUAUCAUGGAAAUCUGUUCUAGAGAAGGACCCUGAUGGGAACUGGAUUGAACUUUCAUUAGUGAAGAAAUCAGUUGCAAUGCAGCAGGCACUUCUGUUAGAUUCUGGAUUUGGGGGUUGCCUUGCUAAUGGAGUUGGAUCUGGCCCUGGCACGGAUGUUAUGGGUGCACUUAAUCUGUUGUUAGAUAGCGAUCAACCAUUUUUUUGUAUGCUCCGGUUGAUUCUUGUUUCAAUGAGGGAGGAUGACAGUGGGGAAGACGACAUUUUCAUGAGGAACAUUAGCAUGAAGAAUGUGAUUUCUGAAGGAUUGGGCUGUCAAAGUGGAAGCAUGAUGGCACUUGAUGGUAACUCCAGUGCGUCUAUCAGAAAACGCUCGGCUGCACUUCUAUGGAGAGUGCUUGGCCCCAUUCUGAAUAUGCCAGUUUCUGAAUCUAAGAGACAGAGAGUUCUGGUUGCUUCAUCUAUACUUUAUUCGGAGUUAUGGCAUGCUGUAAGUAGUGACAGAAAACCAUUAAGGAAAAAGUAUGUUGGAUUGAUCAUGCCACCAUUUGUAGCUGUCCUGAAAAGAUAUCGCUCUGUUUUGGCCGGUAUUCAAGAGCUUACAUCUUCAGAUGGGCAAAAUCCGCUACUUGUUGAUGAUUGGGCUUCAGCAGCAGAUGCUUUACCUGUUGAGGCUGGUGUUUCAAUGAUAUCACCUGGCUGGGCUGCUGCUUUUGCUUCUCCACCAGUUGCAAUGGCAUUGGCCAUGAUUGCUGCUGGUGCCUCUGGGACAGAAACGAUAGCACCGCCAACUAAUAAGUUGCGCAGGCGCGACACCUCAUUGCUUGAGCGUAGAUCAGCUAAAUUGCACACAUUCUCAAGUUUUCAGAAGCCUACUGCUACUGGUACGACACCAAGCCUGCCAACAUCUGCAUCUCAGGACAAAGCAGCUGCAAAAGCUGCAGCCUUGGCUGCUGCUCGUGACCUUGAGCGCAGUGCUAAGAUUGGUUCGAGAAGGGGUCUUAGUGCUGUAGCAAUGGCAACUUCAGGACAAAGGAGGGCUGCCGGUGAUAUUGAACGAGCCCAGAGGUGGAAUACAUCCGAAGCUAUGGGUGCUGCAUGGAUGGAGUGUCUGCAGUCUGCUGAUUCAAAGUCAGUAUCAGGAAGAGAUUUUUCUGCACUUUCAUACAAAUAUGUUGCGCUUCUUGUUUCCAGUUUUGCCUUGGCACGGAACUUGCAGCGAGUUGAGAUGGAAAGGCGAACACAUAUUGAAAUAUUGAACCGUCGGUGCAUGUCUAUUGGAGUUCGGGCAUGGCGGCAUCUUCUUCAUUGCUUGAUAGAGACAAGUAGACUCUAUGGACCUUUUGGAGAACUUCUGUGUACUCCUGAUAGUAUUUUAUGGAAGUUAGAUUUGACUGAAAGUUCAUUAAGAAUGAGAAGAUUUAUGAAAAGGAGCUACAAUUGGUUGGAUCACUUGGGAGCAGCUGCUAGUCAUGAGGAGCAGAAGUUUUUUUGUGAUGGUGCAGAAUCCAACACAUGCCGCACAGAAGAUGGAGAUUAUUCACUUACAAAUGUUCUUUCAACAAGUUCUUUGAUUGCAGUUGCUGAGGCAAUGUCAGUGGAUGGAGGACAUGGACAUACUGUGCAGAAAGAAACUGAGAAUAUUUGCAGCAGUGCGGAUGAUCUACUAACAAAUUCAUUGCCACCUGAUCCAUCUUUUACAGGAUCAGUAGAUUCAAGAAGCUCUGACUUUUCUGGUGUUUGCAACUUGGUCCGAUCCACAGUAGUUGCACCUGGUUACAAGCCUAGUAAAGAUGAUGAGAGAAUUAUUGUUGAACUUCCUUCGUUGAUGAUUCGGCCAUUGAAGGUUGUACGAGGAACCUUCCAAGUCACCUCAAAGAGGAUUAACUUUAUAGUCGAUGAGCAUAUGAGCAACAAUUACAUGGAUGAUGUUGCAUCUACUAGUGGCCAAUAUGAUCAGCAAGAUAAAGAUCGUAGCUGGUUCAUAUCUUUACUACAUAAGAUUUAUAGUAGAAGAUAUUUGCUACGUCAAAGUGCUUUGGAAUUAUUUAUGGUAGAUAGGUCAAACUUCUUAUUUGAUUUUGAGGAUAUAGAAGCACGUACACAUGCUUAUCGGGCCAUUGUUCAUACCAAGCCUCCUUAUUUGAAUGACAUUUUUCUAGCUACCCAAAGGCCUGAGCAAAUCCUUAAGCAGACACAGUUGAUGGAGCGCUGGGCUAAAUGGGAGAUUAGCAAUUUCGAGUACUUGAUGGAACUGAACACUCUUGCUGGCCGCAGUUACAACGACAUUACUCAGUAUCCUGUUUUUCCAUGGGUAAUAGCAGAUUACCAGUCCAAAACCUUGGAUCUGGAAGGUCCUUUGACAUACCGAGAUCUUUCAAAGCCAAUCGGUGCCCUGAAUCCUGCACGGCUGAAGAAAUUCGACGAACAUUACUCCAGUUUCGAGGAUCCAAUCAUCCCGAAAUUUCACUACAGUUCACAUUAUUCCAGUCCUGGCACGGUAUUGUAUUAUCUUGCCAGGAUAGAGCCUUUUACUACCCUCUCUGCUCAGCUGCAAGGUGCCAAGUUUGAUCAUGAUGAUUGCAUGUUCUCUGAUGUCACCAGAACAUGGAAUAGUGUCCUUGAAGGCAUGAAGGAUGUAAAAGAGCUAGUUCCAGAGAUGUUUUACCUUCCUGAGGUAUUUACUAAUGUAAACUCUUGCGGAAGACUAGGCUCUGUAGUAUUGCCUCCUUGGGCUCAGAGCCCUGUUGAUUUUAUACAUAAACAUCGGAAAGCUCUUGAGAGUGAUCAUGUCUCUGCUCAUUUGCAUGAAUGGAUUGAUUUGAUAUUUGGAUAUAAACAAAGAGGUAAAGAGGCAGAGGUAGCCAAUAAUGUCUUUCCUCAUUUUGCAUACGAAGGGAUGGUGGAUAUUGAUAAAAUCACUGAUCCAGUGCAACGGCGAGCUACCCAAAAUCAAAUAUCUUAUUUUGGACAGACACCAUCUCAAUUUCUGACAGUUCCACACAUAAGGAGAAGGCCAUUGGCAGAUAUCUUACAGUUGCAGACAAUAUUCCGGAACCCAAGUGAAGUUAGAUCUUAUGCACUUCCAAGUCCAGCUCACUGCAAUAUUCCUGCUAGUGCGAUGCUUGUAUCUAAUGACUGUAUUGUAGUCAUAGAUGCUAAUGUCCCUGCAGUACUUGUGGCGAUGCACCAUUGGCAACCAAACACUCCAGACGGCCUAGGGGCACCAUUCCUCUUUCACUGUGGAAGAAAUGCCAUAAAUUCUAGUGGUGGUGCAAUAUUUCGCAUUUUUAAAGGAUCUACGGGUUCUGCAGAAGACAAUAAUUUCCCAAGGGCUAUAGCUUUUGCUGCUUCUGCAAUCCAAAAUUCAUCAGCUGUUGUUGUUACAUGUGACAAAGAAGUUAUAACUGGCAGGCAUGCAGAUAACUCCGUGAAGUUGAUCUCCCCGGAUGGAGCAAGGACCAUUGAAACUGCAUAUGGGCAUCUUGCUCCUGUAACCUGCCUUGGACUAUCUGCAGAUAGCAAUUAUCUUGUUACAGGGUCUCGUGACACAACAGCUAUACUUUGGAGGAUACGUCAGGUAUGCUCUUCACAACAGAAAAAUGCUCCAGAACCUCCACCAUCUACGCCGACAACACCAAAUAGUCCUCUAGCCACUGGUAGUAGCAGCUGUAAUAGUCCAAGCAAAAUUCUAGAACCCUCCAGGAGGCGAAAAAUUGAAGGUCCUAUGCAUGUACUAAGAGGUCAUCUUGGUGAACUAACUUGCUGUUCUGUUAGUUCUGACUUGGGACUUGUUGCUUCAUCUUCGAGUAUGUCUGGUGUCCUUCUACAUUCCUUGCGGACAGGUCGGCUCAUAAGGAAGCUGGAUGUGCAGGAGGCACAUUCCAUAUGCUUAUCUGCUCAAGGAAUUGUAUUGAUUUGGAAUGAAUCCGAGAAAAGACUAUCCACCUUCACUGUUAACGGAAUCCCUGUUGCUACCUCGGUUCUGUCACUUCUCUCUGGACGAGUUGGUUGCAUUGAGAUUUCUACAGACGGACAGUUUGCCGUGAUUGGAACUUGUUCGUCUAGCAAUUGUAAUCAUGAUGGCUGUACUUCUACAGAUGAAGAUUAUGAGCUUUACAAGCCCGAUGUUGAUGAGGAUGUACAAGAAUCAAAUGAGACCAGGCUAUCUGUUCACGUGCCCUCUAUCUGCAUCCUUGAUCUAUACAAACUUGAGGUAAUCCAUACGCUGAAGCUGGGGGAAGGACAGGACGUCACAGCACUUGCUCUAAACAAAGAAAACACUAGUCUUCUGGUUUCAACAGCUGAUAAGCAGCUAAUAGUCUUCACGAAUCCUGCUGGAAGUACCCCAAGUGUGCUAUAGAUUAACACUAGCUCAUCAGGGCCUGAUUGGCAAAUGUACUAGAGAUCACCACUAUCUUCACGGCCCGAUUGACAGUUGAGCUCGAAGAUGGGAGAUCAGAUAUUGCACGAAGCCGAUGGGCUUCUCGAGCCGUGAGCAUAGGGCCGCUUACUUGCAUUACUUAGGAGCUCCAGUGGAUUUUGCUGUAAGAUAGAUGGGGCCUGGGAUCAGGGUUCACAAAUUCGUCAAAAGCCACUCAAAAUUCACGGUUUUCGACGAAUUCAGUCUGCACCGCAUUCUGCAAUCGCAUUUCAAUUCAAAUUCAAAUUUAAAAAUCGAAAAUUUGACACAAUUUGUUCAGUUUUUACCGAUUUUCACCGAAUUCAUACCGAUAUUUGCGAAUUUUGGCCAAUGCACUGUUCGGUGUCCGCACGAAUUCGUGAACCCUUCUUGGAAUCGGCCAUGAGUGCACAAAAAGGAGAGGAGCUGCAACAUAACCCUGUUCUGCGUUCUCGUGCUGGUAUAGAAGAAAUUCACUUUGGUUAUAUGGAUCUUGCUAUCCUCACUGUCGUGAAACCUACCACACUGCAAACAGGAUACGACCCGUCUGUGUUGCGGCCAAGAGAUUUAGAAGCAACAUCCAAAUGUAAUCCGUAACUGCUGUCUCUGACACGUUUUGUCAGCUGUGUGAAUAUCGAGCUGGCAUGCACUCGUGUCCCUGCAUCUGUGUAGAAUCUCGUCCAAGAAAUCGAUCAUGCCCCCAAUCCUCUGUUCACAUGUAUAUAGCUAUGCAGUCAUCAUCCAGAAAGGGCGAUAACAUGCUAAUGAUUGCCCCUGUCGCAACAUAUAGUAUCAGUGGUCACUACGAUGUUAACAAAAACGGCUACUUCCAUUUGUAAACUGUAAGCCCCCCUUUGGAACAAAGAAAAAACAUAGAUUUUUUUUUGUAGAUUUCCAAUUCUAUAGGAAAAUUUGCUACAUGUAUUAUUUGGAACAAAGGAAUGCAUCCUAUGGCAUGCAUGAAUGAAAUCUAAGAUGAAG